AUGGAUAGUGUCUUCAGCGAAGGGAUUGAUCUCGAGGAGGGUCAUGUCGUACUUGAUGAACAUGUUGUACAGCUUCACGAUGAUGUCGGCAGCGACCUCAACUUUGUCGGUUUCGAUGCCGAGGCGAUGGGCCAUGGCGAGGGCCUGCUCCAUGCUCAGCCCCGUGAGGAUGUCCACCGGCUCCUUGAAGAUCAUCUCAGGGUGCUCCUUGGCCACAUCCUCAAUGUUCACCCCUCCCAUUGGGGAUGCCACCAGCACAGGUCCCUUCACAAUUCAAGUAAACCUACCCCUUGGAAUCACUGGAGGAAAAAAAACCAAACUCACGAGAAGACGAGCUUGACGCCCCCUUUCAUGCCGUUCCUCCACGACCCCUUCCCCCUCCCUCCGGUCAGGACCUGUGCCUUCACCACAAAGUCCGUGCAGCCAGACUCCUUCUGCAAUAGAAAGGCACCUUCACUACACCUCUGGACAGAUUACUGCCAAGGUUGCUGCCAAGGGCAUGACCUGGACCUCACUGAGGAGAAAAUUUCAAAGCGAAAGGAAGAGAUAAGGGACGUACUAAACAGAGAGAGAAACGAGAAGGUGCGAAAGGUGCAAGAUUGCGUUAAGGGCAGGCAGGUGGGACGUGAGGUGAGACAGACUUGGAGCUGUGCGAUGGACUGGCAUCGUGUGGGACUCACCUCGGCACAUGGGGGGAUAGGAACAGAAUGCCUUCAGGGCAGGAGGUCGGGGAUUUUGAAGCUCGCAAGCUCCGCAUCCCCCAGUCACGCCAAGUUGAGUGCAGAAGAAGGGAGAACAAGAGCAGGAGCUGCAGAGGUGUCACUCAACCAGGAGAAUGAUGUCUUAGAAGCUUUUGCAGCCGAGUCUAAAGUCCUCUCAAUGAUUCCAGAGGACGACCUGCACUUCCUUCUAAUCAUUCAUACUUCACUUGCCCCCGUUCUCUCCCAUCUCUGGAACGAGGAGCUCGUGGCCACGUGCCGUGACGUCUUCCCGACGAUCCCCUCGCCGCUGUACCUGAAGCUCAUCCGAGACCGUUCCCUCUGCGACCGUCUCGGUGAUUUCCUCCUCUGCCUCCCCCACGAUGCGGGACUCAAAGUCGAGCGGGACCUGGGACCGAGCCUCUCCCGCGUCGAAGACGUGUCGGCAAAGAUCGCCGUCGAGGCGCAGUUCCUGAGGUUUCAUGCCCACUCCCUGCAGAGGGGAAGGACGGACUCGACCGAGCCUCUCGCGUCCCUGCUGGAGAGCUGGCGGAAUCUCGUCGGCCAGAAACGCAACGUCGGGCUCUUGAGGGGGAUCCUCGUUUUCCAACUUACCAAAUUGAUCUGCCAGAGUUUAGAGCUGUUUUUCAUAGGUAAAUUUCCUCAUCAUCCAUCUGAAGAAAGGCCUCUGCAUGACAAAGAGGAUGAUCUGUGGACGUACCGAGAUCGAUUCUAUCUCACCCAAAGAGGCUUUCUUCAAACAAAUUCAGUUCCAGAGGAAACUCAAACAACAUUAUCACAAGCAAUGCUCAGUUUGGUCUCGUCUGUAAUAAUUGCAACACUAAAGCAGGUCACCAUGAAUCACUGGUUGGAAUGGGGGGAAGUUGAGUUGAAGGACCUUCCUUGGGAGAAUCUGCAGUCUGGGAUCUGUCAUUAUAUGCACAAGACUCUUCAUUUUCUUCUCAAUGUGCCUGUCAUCAAGUCCUCCUUCCCCCCUCAGGACCUGAAGUGCCUUGUCUCCAUGUAUGGAAACUUUGUGAAUGUGAAAGAAGUGCAGAGCAUGUCAGUGGAGGAGCUGAUGGGGAUGAUCAGUCCGAGGAGCUUCAUCUCCUCCGAGGCCCUGCACGCCCUGGUUCGCCACGAACAACUGUUGAGCGAGACGGAAGCCUGCAGAUUCCUGCAGGGUUGUGGGGAGUUGAUAUCCCUGGAGGGCCUCGGGACUCUCCUUCAAAGGUGUCGGAACCAGGAUGCGGACGAGCUCAAGCACUUGUCCCUGCGUCUUAUGAUGGGCUUCCCAGGCGAAGACCAGAGGAGAAUCCUGGAAGAGUUCGUCAGUCGACACGGUUUGGAAACCGGGCUGGAGACCAAAGCUUUUCCCUUGAAUCUGACGAAAGCACUCAAUCAGAUGAGUGCACAGGUUGACAUGAAAUCUGAGCUGGUUCAUUUCACUCUGGCCCUUCAAAACCCAGAAAAAGUUAUCUCAGCCCUCUUGGCCCAGACAUUGAAGACCGGCAUGCAACUGAAAAUCCUCGGCCAGGUCUUGCAGGACCUCAGAUGCGUCUGCUCCCACGAGAGCGACCGAAUUGCCAUUCCGAAUCUGAGUGGCAGCGACAUUGUCGUUGAGAAGACUCUGCUUGAUUCUCAUGUGUUUGAACUGGGUCAGACCCUGAAGCCAUCUGAAGGAAAGAGCUUCCUAGACCUCAAUUCGCUUUUGCUCGGUGAAGAACUGGUCUCUGUGAGGCAAAUCUUAUUCUGCAUCUGCCUCCCCCUGCUUGAUUUGAGGCUCCAUGAUGAUCUUGCUGUGCAGCUAAUGCAACAAACUUUGUCAUCUGCUGGGUCCAAUGAUCUGGAUGGGAUUGAUGUCCCUGUGCUGGUUUGUCACCUGGCACAAGUGUUGGAGGCGCAUCGAGAUUUUUCCACCACGCAGGAUCUGGACAUUGCAGAAACCAUCAUUGAAUGCUUUACGAUUCUUCUCGAGUCACCUGCACAACUGACAGAGGAACAGCAAGAAACUGUGAGGAAGAUGCUGGUCUCGCAAGCCCCAGGUUCCCUGCCCUAUAUUGGGAAGUGGGUUUUCCAUGAGAAGGACACAUCUUCCUUGGAUCCCUUGAUGCAGUUGUGGUGUUGCCCCAAUAAAGAACCCUCUCAUCACCUGGAGUCCUCUUAUCUCGCUGUGGAGGCCUCUGGUGAAACUUGGACAUCUUUGGGCAACUUCACCAAAGUGGCCAAGCAAAUCCUGCAACUUGCACAGAUCCUCCCCACAGUUCCCAGUGAAUACCAAGAGAAGUUCAUCCUAUUCUCUCUGCAAGACCUUGGCUCUCAGAAGUCAAAGGUGAAACGGAGGGACCAAGAACUGGGGCAGCUUCUUCAGAGCUGCCAUGCUCUAAAGAAGAUGGGAGUCCAAGUCAAAACGCAACUCCACCAAAUCCAUUGA